AUGACUGAGAAGCAAGGUGGAACAGACGUACGGGCUAACACCACAGUGGCGAAGCAUGUGAUAGAUGACCAAUACGCGCUGACUGGACAUAAAUGGUUCACAUCUGCGCCUAUGUGCGACGGAUUCCUCACGCUGGCUUAUGUAGAGGGUAGCAAAU